AGCUGAGUGCUGGAGGUGGGUGAGAAGGGAGAGGCGGAAGCCGUGGCUGGAUCUCUCCCCGGACCUUUGCUUCCCUGAGUUCGAGUGGGCGGGGAGAGGUGGGAGGAGGGAAGGGCGGAGCGUGAGCCGCGGAGGGAAAAAGAGAAGGGAAGGGAUAGUACCCGGGCGGACUUCAGGGUCAAGAGGGACAUUAGGCUCCAGCUAUCGCGGCCUGUCAGGCCCGGGGCAGGUGGGUGAGAACAGCGGCUCCCAUUUCUAGAUGUAUAUUUAGAAUUGUUUCAGAAAACUUAUUCAGACCAUGGGUUUGUCCACAUCUACUCCUGCUAUUGCAGUGCAAGUCUCAACUGCUGCAGAGCAAAAGGCUGGCUCUCCACCUUCCGGGUGCCCAAUGCAUCAACAAGAAACAGGCUGUCCAAUGAAUAUAAAUUCAUCUGACAAAACUUGUGAAAGUCAGUCAAACUCAGUACCUGCACACCAGGAUCGAGCAUAUGAAUAUGUGGAAUGUCCUGUAACAUCAGCUGCCCAAAAUAAAGAUAAUAUAGAUCCUUCAAACAUGAUGCCACCACCUAAUCAGACACCAUCCCCUGGUCAACCGUUUGCUCUGUCAACAGUUAGAGAAGAAUCAUCAAUUCCCAGGGCAGAUUCAGAAAAAAAAUGGGUUUACCCUUCAGAACAGAUGUUUUGGAAUGCCAUGUUGAGGAAAGGGUGGCAGUGGAAAGAUGAUGACAUCAGUCAGAAAGAUAUGUAUAAUAUUAUUAAGAUUCACAAUCAGAAUAAUGAACAGGCUUGGAAGGAGAUUUUAAAAUGGGAAGCUCUUCAUGCUACUGAAUGCCCAUGUGGACCAACACUGGUCCGAUUUGGAGGUAAAGCUAAAGACUAUUCACCAAGAGCUAGAAUUCGCUCAUGGAUGGGAUAUGAAUUGCCCUUUGACAGACACGACUGGAUUGUUAAUCGUUGUGGCACUGAAGUUAGAUAUGUUAUUGACUAUUAUGAUGGUGGAGAAGUAAAUAAGGACUAUCAGUUUACUAUCUUGGAUGUCCGUCCUGCUUUUGAUUCUCUUACAGCUGUUUGGGACAGAAUGAAGGUAGCAUGGUGGCGCUGGACUUCAUAACCAUUAUUUUAUUUUACUAAAAAAAAUAUAUAUAUAUAGUUAUUUCCUUUAAAGAGAUACAUUAAACUAUUUUCUGAAAAUUUUGAUGUUGAAUUAAUGAUGUGCUAUGCGAUUUAAAUCCGUAAUAAUAGUGUUUAACACUAUACUGUGAAUAAUUAUGCAAUUUUUUUGUUGUUUUUGUUUUUAGUGAACUCGUAUACAAUUUUGUGUUGACAGAAAUUAUGUAAAGAUUUCUGCUUUCUAGUUUGGGUUUCGCUCAUCUUGUUUUCAUCAAGACUUCAAUCUCUUAAAGGCAUUUCAUUAUAAAAUUGAUGAGAUUAUGUAAAACAUUUUUGUCACUUGUUUUUUAAAUGUAAACUUUUUUAUUUAACAAUAUUUUAUUUAUAAGUACUUGAAAGUAAAUGUGUGAAAACCAAACUUGGUGCUGCCUCUUAACCACUAUAUUAAUUGCAUAGGAAAUACACCUAAGUUUUUGUGUUAUAGGUAAUUUUUUUGAAGGAAAAAUAUGGUAUAAUGACUGCUGAAUAUUAAGAAAGAAUAUACAUUUUCAUUACCUUGUUAUAACCUUGUUAUAAAAAGGAUUUAAAUUGUAAAAGGGUUCAAGUGAUGCAAAUAUUUUGGACCAGGAUAAAACUGGCAAAUCUGAUGGACCAUGAUAAGUACAGUAACUUUGAAAUUUGACAGGUAAUGUUUUAAGGUUAGAGGUGACUUUUUCAGACCGUUAAAUGCAUGACAUAUAUAUAAUUUUUUCCCUUUAAGGGAGGUUUAAUAAGCAUGUUUUAUACUUAUGGAUUAGCUUCACAAAUUAUUAGGUCCUUUGAUCAUAUUCAGACUGGUUUGGGGGGAUUUUUUUUUUCCAUGACAAUUCUUAAGAGAAUUAUCUAUUUUUGGAUGGCUAGGUAGUAUAGUGGAUAGAGAGCCAGGUCUGGAACCUGUAGGACCUGGGUUCAAGUGUGACCUCAGAUACUUUUAGCUAUGUGACCCUGGGCAAGUCACUUAACCUCAGUUGCAUAAUGUGCCCUUUCCACUCUUUUGCCAUAGACUUGAUAGAAAUUAAGGGUCUUUAAAAUAUAUAUAUAUAUAUAUAUAUAUAUAUAUAUAUAUAUAUAUAUAUAUAUUUUAAAUAAAGAAGGAAGUAUAUAAAAAAAGAAAAUUAAUAGGAACUUUUAAAUUCUUCUAGCAAGGCUUUUUGCUUAGUGAGUUGAAUAGGCAAGUAGUACUUGGUGGUGGGCUAUAUAUAGCUUCUGCCACUUCCUCCUAUAUGACUGUGGGUAUGUCAGGUCAUGUUAAUUAGGCUGAAUUUUCUUAGCAACAAAAUAGAUACUAGUGCCUCUGAUACCUCCAGUGAGAAGCUGUGUGGUAUUUAGAUAAAGUAGCAGCCAUGUGCAGUAAAGACAGCCUGGGUCAAAGCCUAUUUUUAACCCAUAUCAGCUAUGUGUAUGUUACUCAACCUUAGUGCUGCAGGCAGCUCUUUCAAACUGGAAUUACAGAGGUGCUUCUAAUAAACAUCUGUGGCAGUUUUUACACUAGAUGCUCCUGACUAGGUUGAAAUCACAGGUCUAGAUAGUUGUGAGGCUAAUGUACAUAAAAUGCUUUGAAAAUUUAAUGUUCUAAGUCCAUCAUUAUUAAUUGGCUGAGCACUUAGUAAUAAUUAAGUUUUUUAAUGAGUCUCCAUGUUUUAAUAAAUUUGUAUUUUUAAAUUUA